AUUCGUAGAAAAAUCACGAUUAUUUAUUAUUCAUCAUGGAAAAACAAAAAAAUUCUAGGACAAAUGCAAAACAAUUAAAUGCAAUGCAAAAAACUAUCAUGACUGAAUUUAUGGGUUCCCAUCCCAGCCUGGCACAAAACCUUAUCACAACUUGUGCUGAGGGAAGAGCCAUAACCCAAGGACUGUGGGAUACUCUAACCAAUAAACUAAACAAUGCUGGUCCCCCAAUUCAAGAUGCAAAAGCAUGGAAGAAAGUAUUCGCCGCCCAAAAGUAUAUGGCCAAGAAAAAAUUAUCAUUUAACAAGGCUCUGAGGAAGAAAAGCAAUGGUGAUUAUCUGUACAAACAAAAACGACUAUCUGUUGCCAAUCAGCUAAUCCUAGAAGCCAGUGGCGUAAAGUUGGAAUCGCAAGUAUAUGAGAACAGAGAAGAGAGCCAAUCUCACUCACAUUCCAGCACAGCAUCACCAGUUUCUUACAACGAAAAUGGGAAUACUGACAUUAAAAUUGAAAUAGAUGAUUCCAUACAUUCACUUGAUUCACUUUGUUACGUUGAUACAACGGACAGUAAUGCAGAACAAUCGGAAUAUGAAGAUGAAAAGACAAAUGAUACAGCGGGAACACAGAGAAGCCACAAAGAAGAACCGUUCAGCCAAGAUGAUUCCAUUCAAUCAUUGGUCAAUAACUCACUGCAACAAGAAGAGGAACAGGAAGAAGAAAAAAUACAAAUUACAAACAUAAAACCUGUUAAAGAUUUCAAUAAACGAAAACUUAAAGUGGAGGAUGAUUCUAUUGAUGAAGUUAUUGAUCAUCAUCAGAACACCACAAAUGAUAAUAAAAAUCAAAAACUUGACCAAGACAAUACAAGACUGAAAUUGGUUCAUGAAAUUACCAAUUCAGUUACAUCAGAAUUCCAAAAGAGAAUCGAAACUAAACUAGAUGGAUUACUUGAUAUUCAGGAAAGAAUGUUGCAAAUUAAAGAGGAAAAACACAAGAGUGUCAUUGCAUUGAAUUUGAUUAAGUUGCAAAUUAAAACUAUGGAACUUGAUAAGCUCAAGUUGAAAGCGGCUUCUCCUGCUCCUCAAUAAAUUCAUUAAAUUCCGUGUUUCGGAAUUUUCAAUUUCAAAAGAAAUGUCAAUUACAAAUAAUUUAUUUAUUUACUUUUGUGUUUAAGUCAGAGAUGUUUUUAAAACGUCAAAAAAGUAUCUAACUUAAAAUGAGUGUUGCUGUGGCAUUCUUUUAAAUCGGAGGAGAGAGUCGCAUUUAAAUAGUGUAAUUUGUUUUAUUGUAUUCAGAAGUAUUAUUAAAUAAUUUUUAUUUUAUAUUAAUUGGUAUUUUUUUUAUAUUUGUGUGUAUGUCAUCUCGAUAUAUAUAGUUGAAUAUUUUUGUUGACUUAAAAUGUUUUCUUCAAAUGACGUUUACCUGUUUCUUCGUUCGACGGGUCAAACCCAGACAUAAAACAAACAAGUUUAACAAAUUUAAGACAUACUCCAACAAUAAAAACGUAUGGGGUUUUUAUAUUGGUAAAUAAAGAUUUUAAAAUAAAAAUUGAUUUUUUAUCAUAGCGAAUGGAAUACAAUUAAUAGGCGUGUUUUUUUUUUGGCAAAACUAUUAUCCGUAUUAGGUUUUCCCAAAAAAUAUCAACGUAAACUUAAGCAUUUCGUUGUGGUUGUCAAAUAACGGAGAUAAAAAUUUUUUUGUAAGAAAUCCGACUUUUUUUAUUAGGUAAUUUUUCCAUAUUUUUCAAUUUUUGUACCCUUUCCGAACUGAAUUUGUAUUUUUAAAAGUAGAAAAGUGCUAAUUUUUUAAAAGAUAAAAGAAGUUUAAUUAAUACUCUUAGAGCCGAUUUUUCAAUCUUCUAAUAAACAGUCAGUUAUAUGUUCGACGAAUAAAGUUAUUAGGCUCAUAAACAAUCAGAUAACAACAUUGAAUUUUCCAAUCAAGAAUAACAAACGAAAAUGUCAAAUUCAAAAAUAUUCCGAAAGAACUGUUUUGAGUACGCAGUGUUUUACGGUCGCCAUUUCGGGUCAAAAGACGAAAAGGAUAGAUUUUUCCACUAUUUUCAUUCAUAAACCUCUGCUAAUCGUAGUCUACCAACUAUUUCUUUAAGGGCCGAUUUUUCAAUAGUCAAACAGUCAGUUAGUACUUAUUCCUAAGGAUAGAGAAAAAAUCAAUUUUUCAACAGGCAGAUAUAGCUUAUUCCUAAGAAUAGAACUAUCUGCUUCUUUCAGAGGCGAAUAAAAAUUAUUCUAAGGAAUAAUAUGAACAAAAAUAUUGUGUCAGUUGUCAAAGCUGUUUAGAAAGAAUUUUGAAAAAAAAAAUACAGUGGAACACAA